ACAAGUGUCUUGUACUCCCUCAUCUCCCUCGCGCGCCGUCUCAACGCUGGCCGCUCCCAUGGCGUUCGAAGCCGCGCGUCUCUCCCCGUCCCUCGCCGCCGCCUUCCGCAGCCACCGCGCUCCUCCCGCUCCCCCUUUUCUCCUCCGCCUACCCCUUCUCCUCCCCCGCCGCUUCCUCCGCACUAGCGCCUCCUCCUCCGCCGCCUCCGCGGGCGGGGACGGCCGCGCCGUCGCUCUCCCUUCUUCGGAGCUCCGGAAGCGCCGGAACUCGUCAUCCGGAACCUCGCCGCCUGCAGAGGACAGUAAGCUGCGCUCGCUCCGCCGACUCUUCGCGCGCCCGGACAUUGCAAUCGACGCCUACAUCGUUCCUUCCCAGGACGCCCACCAGAGCGAGUUCAUUGCAGAAUGCUUCAUGAGACGUACCUACCUGACUGGGUUUACUGGUAGUGCUGGUACAGCCGUGGUCACCAAAAACAAUGCUGCUUUUUGGACCGAUGGCCGGUAUUUUCUCCAGGCUGAAAAGGAACUGAGCCAUGACUGGACACUAAUGCGCAGUGGCAAUCAUGGUGUUCCAACCACUAUUGAGUGGUUGAAUGAUGUGUUACCAUCUGGUUGUCGAGUUGGUAUUGACCCGUUUCUUUUCUCAUCUGAUGCAGCUGAGGAACUGAAGAAUGCUAUUUCCGACAAGAAUCAUGAAUUAAUUUUGAUUAGAGAUCUUAACUUGGUUGAUGAGAUAUGGGGAGAAUCAAGGCCAGAGCCCCCAAAAGAACCUACCAGGGUGCAUGACAUCAAAUAUGCUGGUGUUGACGUGCCAUCAAAGUUGUCUUUUGUUAGAUCACAACUUGCUGAAAAUGGUUGUGACACUGUGGUUAUUUCAAUGCUUGAUGAGGUUGCAUGGUUGUUGAACAUGAGAGGAAGUGAUGUUCCACAUUCACCUGUAUUCUAUAGCUACUUGAUUGUAGAGAUGAGCACUGCUACAUUAUUUGUAGAUAGCAGCAAAGUAUCUGAAGAGGUUUUGGAACACCUUAAGAAAGCUGGAGUAAAUUUGAAACCAUAUGAAGCAAUUUUAUCUGAUGUAGAAAGGUUGGCAGAAAAGGGUGCGAAUCUUUGGUUGGAUUCUUCAAGUGUGAAUGCUGCCAUAGUCAGUGUAUUUAGAUCUGGUUGUGCCAGAUACUUGAAAAAGAGAGGAAAGACAGGGAGACAAACUGGAAAAGAAUCAUCUUCAGAUGAGCCAACCACCACCAGCCAUGGUGUUCAGAAUAGUGCAGUAAAUGGUCUGUACCAAGUUUCACCAGUCACCCUUGCCAAAUCAAUUAAAAAUGAGGCAGAAACUGUAGGAAUGAAGAACUCCCACUUAAGAGAUGCUGCUGCUUUAGCAGAAUUCUGGUGCUGGCUAGAGGAGGAAGUUCAUAAAAAUGUGGUGCUUACAGAAGUUCAGGUUGCAGAAAAUCUUCUUGAAUUUCGCCGAAAGCAAGAUGGGUUCAUAGAGACAAGCUUUGACACUAUAAGCGGUUAUGGUGCAAAUGGUGCUAUAAUACACUACAGACCAACUCUAGAUAGCUGUAGCUCUAUUGGAAGCGACAAUCUCUUUUUGUUAGAUAGUGGUGCUCAGUAUGUUGAUGGAACGACUGACAUUACAAGGACAGUUCAUUUUGGUGAGCCUUCCCCAAGGCAGAAGGAAUGCUUCACAAGGGUUUUGCAGGGCCAUAUAGCUCUCGACCAGGCAGUAUUUCCAGAGAGAACCCCUGGUUUUGUGCUUGAUGUUCUGGCACGCUCAUCUCUCUGGAAAAUUGGGCUUGAUUAUAGACAUGGCACAGGUCAUGGAGUUGGAGCUGCACUUAAUGUCCAUGAGGGCCCGCAGAGCAUAAGCUAUCGAUAUGGAAACUUGACAGCUUUACAGAAGGGCAUGAUUGUAAGCAAUGAACCUGGUUAUUAUGAAGAAAAUUCAUUUGGCAUUCGUAUCGAGAAUCUGCUUUUGGUGAAGGAGGUUAAUUUAGCCAAUUCUUUUGGUGGCAUCUCGUACCUUGGUUUUGAGAAACUAACUUUUGUUCCGAUUCAGAGCAAGCUUAUGGACUUAUCCUUGCUAUCACCUUCCGAGAUAAAUUGGGUCAAUGAAUACCAUGAACAAGUCUGGGAAAAGGUUUCUCCUUUCUUGAGUGGCAGUUCUCGCGACUGGCUGUGGGAUAACACAAGACCUCUUUAGACAGUCACACAGCAGCAUGUCGCGACACAACAAGGGCAACAAAAACGGCAAGUCACUAGAUAUUCACCUCUUGAAAACAAAGGUCAAACGAUGGUGGCUGACUGGCAGAGCCACUGGUUGAAGCUGGCAGUACCCAUUUUGGUGGCAGAGCCACAAUUUCCCGUACAUCUUCACUUGCUAUUAAUUAAUGAUGAUUAGUCACCAUGAUAAUUCAAUUCUUUUCUUGGCCUCACCCCCCACAAUAAAUGCUAGGAUUUUUUUUUGUAAUAUGUGAUAAGUUACCUGAAUUGAAAAUUAUUUUUUUACACA